ACCAACCAAAAGAAUUGAGGUUCCAGCAUUGUAUGAAUGGUUUUGGUUUAAUUAAAAUUCUAAGUUUAAGAUUAUACGUCUUUAUAUGGGGGGCCGCAAAGUGAUGCACUUAACACAAAGGGACCUUACAACAAAAAAGUUUGAGAACCACUGAUAUAGAGGAUUGAAAUUGCGUUACUCCCAGACUCAUGGUGCAUACAAAUAACACUAACACAAAAUAAAAACAUAUAAAAAAGAUACAGAUAAAUACAGAUUAUUAUAUAUAAGUUUGCACCUACGUCACGGUUUGGUCAGUUACCCGGAUGCGCAGCCAUAUUGGAGAUGCUCGGAUGUAAACAACAGCAUGGAUUGCACGGUUAAUGUACUACAUAAAAACGUUGGGCACUCACUAAAUCCUUGGUGUUUCGAGUCAGACGUGAUCACCCAAACGUGUUUUUUCGUCAAUUUGAACAAUUAUAGGUAAUUUAGAUGGUUACAGUAAGGUUAGGGUUAGGGUAAAGGUUUCGUAAAACUUGAAACACCAAAGAUUUAGUCAAAACCAACAAGCUACGCCCACGGAUCUGACUCGAAACACCAAGGAUUAAGUGAGUGCCAAGACGUUGUUCUACUAAUUUAUGACAUCUAAACCACGGAAAAAACACGUGGAAGCUGCUAAAUCAUAUAGAGAAGGACUUGUGGAAGCUGGCACAGUGGUCAGAGGGAAUGAUGAGCUGGAGAGAAGCCUGGUGUUGGUGGAGACAGUGGCUCUCAGUAAUGGUCUCCAUCCAGAUGUCAUCGCAGUGCUUCUAGAUUUGGCUUUAAGCCUCAAUGCAGGAACUGCCAAUUGCACUCGAGUGCUUAAAUUUCUGAUACCUGCCACAGUGGUGCCACAGGAGGCCAUUGUGAGAGGGGUGUCGUGGCUCUGUGUAGGGAAAACGCCAAUGAACGCACAGGUUGUCUUUGUCCGUUGGGUACUCACCGUGUUUGACUUGAUUGACUGCAAAGACCACUUGAGGUCAAUUUAUGGCUUCAUUUUCAGCUUUGUGACUGAAGAAAAUCUGUGCCCUUUCAUCUGUCACCUGUUGUAUCUUUUAACCAUGAGGGAACAUGUCCAUCCAUACAGAGUGAGGAAACUCCUGGACAUUCAGGCCAAAAUGGGCAGACAGCCUUUUCUCACACAACUUCUGGCACUCUAUAAAGUGUUCCGGCCAGACUUGGUGACAGUCUCUGUUCCAUCGAGAGUAAGGACUGGUUUUAAGAAUUACAACGCUCCCUGGAAAGUGGCUCUGAGUGCUGUGCAAAGGAAAAACAAGGGUGCAGUUCUGGUUGACCAGAGCCUGAGUCUGGAUGUGAAAGAGAAGCCAUUAUCCAGAAAGAGGAAACUGCAUCACCUGGAGAUACCUCCCUUGAGCUCAGUUUUCGAUAGCAACCCCAAAAGGAAGGUCUUUGGUCUGCAGGAGCUCCGUUCUUUCAAACAGCUGCUGGAGAACAUUGACAAUAUAGAGCUGCCUGCCCAGAUGGGUUCUCUGCUCGGAUCGGCCCUGUCUCUGCACUACCUGGACUGUGUGCAGGAUGAGUCCGCCUUCCUGCGCCUUAACUUUUGGCUUGGGCACUCGUUGCAAGAGGAGUUUUUACUGUGUCCUGUGGAUGGGAGUUCUGACAACACUUCUGAAGCGUGUCGUUUCCUCAGCACCAUCCUCUCCUCACAGCAGUUCCUACAGGAGGGUUUCUCCAGCACGGAGAGUUUUCUUUAUAAGUUCCUGAGUGUGUGGGAUGGCUGUCUGCUCCGGCCGCAGAUUCUGGAUCUUCUCAGUGACAUUCCCUUAAUGCCCAGCUUCUACAUGAGGAAACUCCUUUUCGAGCCACUGAAGCAGCUCUAUUUUACCUCCACCGUCUUUUUCAAGUGUAGUGUCAUCGAGUGUCUGAACAACAUGCUGGUGAAGUGGCUGACAUGGCAUUCAGUCAGCGUGGUGAAGGGCGGCUUGGACAUCAGCCUCAACAGCAAUAGCACCAUGGCUAUGACCCUGUCUGGGUUCAUGGACUCUGUCAUGGAGCUGGUGCGUUUUGUGGGAUUGCUGGCAUCUGAAGGACUCCGUCUGGAGAACUGCCAUGUGCUACUGCUCAACCAGACACUUGCCUUCUAUGAGACGGUAUGUGACAUGUUUUUAAAGUUCAGCUUACCCUUGAUCAUCAUGCUCCCGGCGGGCGUUUUCUACCCAGCGCUCUUCGCAACAGACUCAGUCAGUGUGGAUCGACUAGGCUACAUCAUGUACAGGUACAGGAAGAAUCUGACCUUGGCUAAGAGACAAGAGAAGCAGAGAGAGCAAACAUUUCACAUAAGCCGAAAUACAUACAAAGAGUUCAAUCGAAAUCUUCAAGCCAUGGUGAACUCCAUGUGGAACUCUUCAUGGUGCCUUCCUGGCUCGGACCUUGAGAUCGACAAGGAUCUAAUAGCUCUAAGCAAAGUGGCCGAACCUUGGUGCCGCUUCGACCUAAUCCACCACCCAGCGCUUUUCAGCUACGCCAUCGAAUUUCACCAGAAGUGUUGGCCAGAGAGGAAGGAUGUGGAUCUUGGUUCCAUAAAGGCUGGAAAGUACUGGAACUGGUACAUGGAGUUUCUCUUUAAUCAAGGCUUUGAUGGCCUCAACAACUUUAUUCAGACCAACACAGGCCACAGCUCUUCUUUGAGUAGUCGAGAUGACAGACAGCCCGCAAGUCAGCCUUGAUGCUGGCAGUGUGUCCAAACGUCAGGGGGCCUAAUCUCUGUUUCAAUUAACGUGUAUAUAUUUCAUAAUCACUCAGAGACUAUGUUACCAGUGUAACUGUAAAUACUUUGUAAAUGUACAUUAUUUUUCAUGAAAACCAUUUAGUCCUUUGUGCUUUGUCUGGUGUUGUAGAUAAUUUUGCCAAAUGUUUUUUUUUCUGUGCUCAAAAAACGGAAACAUUUUUUAUACUUGUAGAAGAAAAAUCAUGGUUAAAGUUUUGUUUAUAGACCGUUUUGCAAGACAUAAACAACACUGGUCAAGAAGCACGUCCUUUAUGGUUUUUAAUUAUUUUCGUGAAUAUAACAAAAUCUUAAAGAUCGUUUAACAUUUCUCUUCAGUUCUAAAAGUUCUAUUAGUAGUGUUACGAAACUGACACGGGAAGUGUUUCUGGACCACUGCACAACAUUCGUUAUUUAUUUUAUAUAGAUUUCAAAUGGAUGCUCAUUGUCAAAGUUUAACACAGUCUUUGCUUUUGUUAGCCAGUUGCAGUUUGUAUCUGACCAAUCUCGGAUUAAAACUGCUCCUUUUUCCAAUCUAGCAUGAGGUAGAGCAGUCUGUUGCAGACGUUUGCCAUUUUCUCUUUAAUUGAAAGAUCCAUCUGUUUGGCCAUUAGACUUCAAGUUCUAAACUUGACUUGUUUGUACUGUAAAUAAUUGGCUGAUAGGUGCAAUAACUAAAAGUUUUUUUUCUUUAUGAUACCACUAUAGAUUUAAAGAAUGCUUUUGGGAAUCAAAAAGCCAGAUGAAUCUACUAAGCAUUUUAAAACUAUAGGAAACUAUACAUCACUAUUUAAGUGUCGUCUAUUUUAUAAUCUCCUUUGAAUGAACUGCAUUGUUAAAAUAGUAUGUUGCAUAAUCCAAAACCAGAUGCAUAAUCAACCAAUAUGAAAUUGUU